AUGGUGCUCUUCAAAGCAAUAAUUUCUCUCUUCAUCCUUUCCUUCUCCCUAACCUCAGCCUACACUGCAAUUGAAAUUACUAGCAACAUAUACUUGGGUUGGUAUUUUCCUUCAACCACAACUAUACAAUUUUAUCUUUCAGUCUCGACAUCAAAGCUGUCAGAAAGCAGCUAUGGCUCCUCUCAUGCUUUUUCUAUAGGAAUAAAUUUCUUGAAGACAUUUCCUGAGUUCGAAAUUUUUCAAGUCGAAAAAUAGUUAGACUUAAUUAGGAAAAAUUUUAACUAAACGCCAGCAAGGAAAUGUCUUUGGGAAAAAAGGAAAAAAAAGCUUGUUACGAUGGCUACGUUGGUCUUGGCUUUAAGUCUUCUGGCAGUGCUACGGAUAUGGUUGGAGCAGAUUGUGCACUUGUUGCCUUAUCCCAAAAAACCAUUGAAAGUGUCCAGUGCGUCGCUGAUGCUUACCCAGCUUCAGAUACAUUUUCUUUAUCUGGGUUUACUUCAUAUACCAAUGGAACUUUCACUGUAUAUCAGUGGUCAAGAGCCUUAAGCAAUGGAGGAACAUCUAACCAUAUGACUUUGGUGUCAGGGACUGAGUAUAAGCUUAUUUACAGUCAUGGCCAGUAUACAACGCAACCAAUCCAGCAUACAAGUGAGGGAGGUACAACCUUGAAGUUGACUUAUGAUACAGUAGCUCCUCCUGCUGCAAACUCUGGUGGUGAUGGAAAUCCUACUGAUUCCUCUUCUGCUAUUAUAGGAAUUGGAAUAGUCACUUUAUUGAUGGUGAACUAA